AUGGUCACACGGUCCUGCAUGAAUGUUGAAUUUUAUAAACAGACCUCGAGCUUUUCCGGUCGGGCUGCGAUACGGGCGUCUUCACCUUCAAUUCGCCUCGGCAGGCGGUCGAUACAGUCUCAUCAGUCUAACAGAGCGCAAGCAACGGCCGCUCAAGAUCCCCGCGUGCCGCAACAAUACGAUUCUUCGAACCCAGCCCUUUCUUUUCCGUGCCUGGAUGCAUUGGAAGCCAAAUCCGCGUUACUCUCCACGAGGUCCCUGUCUUCUGGGCCGGAACCGUCCUACACAACGGGUCGUCACGAACAGUUCCGGUCAGAUCAGCUCCUGUUACUAGAUUGGGGUGGUGUGCUACCGGAAUUCGAAAUCGCGUAUGAGACAUGGGGGAAAUUGAAUUCGCAGAAGACCAACGCCAUACUGCUUCACACGGGUCUAUCAGCAUCAAGUCAUGCCCAUAGCACAGAGACGAAUCCAAAACCCGGCUGGUGGGAGAAAUUCAUCGGCCCCGGCGCACCGUUAGAUACGGACAAAUACUUUGUGAUAUGCACAAACGUUAUAGGGGGCUGUUUCGGCAGUACAGGGCCGUCAUCAGUUGACCCGUCGGACGGGAAAAGAUAUGCGACCAGGUUUCCUAUCCUGACCUUGGACGACAUGGUCCGCGCGCAAUUUCGAUUGCUGGACUCUUUGGGAAUUUCCAAGUUGUACGCAUCAGUGGGAUCGAGUAUGGGUGGAAUGCAGAGCUUAGCGGCAGGGGUUUUAUUCCCAGAAAGAGUGGGCAAGAUCGUUAGUAUCAGUGGCUGCGCCCGCAGUCAUCCGUACAGCAUCGCGAUGCGACAUACGCAGCGCCAGGUGCUCAUGAUGGACCCCAACUGGGCGCGAGGGUUUUACUAUGAUUCCAUCCCCCCACACUCAGGCAUGAAACUGGCUCGAGAAAUCGCUACGGUAACCUAUCGCAGCGGGCCCGAGUGGGAGAAGCGAUUUGGCCGGAAGCGCGCAGACCCAAGCAAACAGCCAGCCCUUUGUCCAGACUUUCUGAUCGAAACGUACCUGGACCAUGCUGGUGAAAAGUUUUCCCUAGAUUACGAUCCGAACAGUCUCCUAUACGUCUCCAAAGCCAUGGACCUGUUUGACCUAGGCCACUCCCAUCAACAGGCAACUCGCCAACGGCGAGCGAAAAAUGAGCUGAUAAUUUCUUCCAGCUCCCAGCCACCUCACAACGAUCCAUCGUGCAGUCUUACCCUCCCGGAAGAACCAUAUGAAGAACAGCCAGCGGAGUUGAGCAGCGUUUCAUCGACGGAUGAGUUUGUUAUUUCGGGAGACUCUUCCGUCUCAUCCUCCCUUUCUACCCCGGGCCCACCCGCAGACUUGGUUGCCGGGCUAACACCCCUAAAAAAUCAUCCUAUCCUUGUCAUGGGCGUGGCUAGCGAUAUUUUGUUCCCAGCAUGGCAGCAACGGGAAGUUGCGGAUUCGCUGCGUGCAGCUGGGAGUGGCAAAGUGGAACAUUUGGAACUGGGGGAAGAUGUGUCCAUGUUCGGUCAUGAUACCUUUUUGUUGGAUUUGGAAAACAUUGGAGGACCGAUUAGACGAUUUUUGUAG